CCCAUGGGGAGGUGGGAGGCCGCAGACCCCACUGCGGGUGGGGAUGGAGCCAGUGAUGGUGGGCGAGGAGGGCAGGGUGUGGGGCUGUGUGGGCUGGCGCGCUGUUGGGGGUUGCACCAGAGACCCUGCGACCCCCUGAUGCCCCAGGCCCCCUGGCAACUACAUGGCCCCUGGCACCUACACGGCUGCCAGGAGAGACAGGCUGUGCUGGGGAGAGCCCCGCUGGGUGUCCUUGCUCCCACCCCAGCGAUGGAGCAUUGCUGACACCACCAGCCCCAUGGCUACUAGGCCUGCAGGGCUCCUGGCCCCAUUACUGGCAGGCCCAUGCUAUCCAUGGGUGCUGGCCAGGCUGGUGGAUGUGCCCCAGCUGUCCUUUCCAUCCUGGUCACAUCAGCAGUGCUGCGCACAGGAAGGGGACGGGAGACGGCAGCUUGUCUUUCCACCUGGCACCCUCAUCCCAGCCGUUGUUUUCUGGGAGAAAGUCCACCUCUUGGCUGGCUGUCAGCAAAACAACAGUUUUCUGUGGCAACACAGCCCCUCUGUAUCCCUGGGCCUGCUGGGCUGCUGGGAAGGUGCCCUUCAUCUUCACGUGCGGAAACAGCCAGAGCGCAGCCUGUUUGCUGCAUCCUGUUACAGUCAGAAAAGCCUGGCUCUGGCUUUCUCCUGCUCCUGCAUGUCUGUCGCUUGCAGAGGUGGAGUGUGUCCUCUUCAACGAGGAGUACAUGACCUGCACGUGGGGGAGCAGAGCGACACUCACGGCCAACUACUCCCUCUACUACUGGUACAGGAACACAUCCAACAAGGUGGAGUGCAAGCACUACCUGCAGGACCAGGGUGUCAGGGUCGGCUGCCACUUCAACCAGAACGAGAUUAUCCAGUUCCAGCCUUUCCAUGUCCUUCUCAAAGCCAGCAUGGGCGGCAGGACCCUGAACAUCACCAGCAAACGCAUGGAGCUGCAGGACCUGGUGAAACCAGAGGCGCCCGUCAACCUGACCAUUCACAACAUGAGCAACAACCAGCUGCAGCUCACCUGGGCCACCACAUACCCCAAAGCCAACUGCCUGGAGCACGCCGUGAAGUACAAGAGCAACAAGGACACCGACUGGACGGAGCUCUCGGUGAAUGGAGAUGUCUUCUCCUUACCCAGCGUGGACUACAAGAAGUUCUACACCUUCUACGUGCGCAGCAAGAUCAACAAAUACUGCGGCAGCACCCAGCUCUGGAGCGAGUGGAGCGUUCCUGUGGUCUGGGGCAGCAACUCCACCAGCAAGGGCACAGUGCACUGGUUCUGGAUCCACACGGUCUUGAUCCCCAUUGCCUCCUGCCUGAUCUUGCUGGUCCUUGUCAUCCUGCUGGUGCGCAUGGAAAGGAUAUGGGUCAUCCUAAUGCCCCGAAUCCCCAACCCCAGCAAGAAUUUCGAUGAGCUCUUCAUCACCCACAAUGGCAACUUCCAGGAAUGGGCUGGAGUCCCCAAAGACGUAGUGGAGAGCUUCAAGCCCAACUACAGCGAGCACAUCUGCUAUGUGAGCGAGCUGCCACCCAAGGACAGCUACGAGCCCCUCUGGGAGAGCGGCAACCCCCCGCCAUCUACGAUGCCCGGGGCCCCAGCUGCCCCCAGCGAGCACAGCCCCUACAAGAACAGCUACGGGAGAGUGUGACCCACCCCUGCACCCCCCACGCUCCAUAGCUCUGCUGCCCAAAACCUCCCUGCUCUGCAGGCCCUGCUCCCUGUUCCCUGCUCCUGCCACGCCUCCUCAGAUGCUCCUGGUUUUGCUUCCUGCCAUGGCCACACUCAGCCCCCUGUGACACAAGGGCUGCACUGCAGCUGCUGGAGGAGCACCCUGUGCUGGGUGCCCUGGGGGCUGCACUGGGGGCACUGGUGGUGCCCUGGUGCCCACAUGACCACACCCAGGGAUGUGUCCUGGCAAGCAGGCAGGGGACACCGGCAAACUGAUGGGGACACGGGGGAUGAGGAGUGCCAGGGGGACCAAGAGUGGAAAAAUAAUGGAAGACACCCGAGGAGAACUGUAAACACGCUCGAGUGACUUGCAGCUGGGUGUAGAAAAACAUAUAUACCAUACUCUUAGUUGCUUAGCCUUGUGCGUUUGGCAAGUAGAACUUCUGUGUUUAGGUAACACAGGCCUAGUGAUAGACUUAGUGGCACCUUAUUUAACAUGCUUGAGAUUCCUGCCCUGCUGUGGGAAAGAUCAAAUCACAGUGGUAAACCAGGGCUGCACAAAUCCUUGAUAAACAGGCAAAGACAGCAGGUUCAGUGAUCCUCCAGCACGGGCCAAGCUCCACAGUACCUGCAUCCCUGCUUGUCUGCCUCUGCCCGGGUGCUGCUUGGGGGAUCCUCCAGUCUUCGAGGUAAUGAAAAUAAAUUUCCUCUUUGCCUUUCA